ACUGUCAUGUAACUGUCACUAUGAAUUAGAAAGUUUGCAGGAAAAUGAGUGCUUUUUCUCCGGCAAAAUAGCCAACUUGCGUAAAUAAAUCUUAAUGAACUUGCAAUUUUUUUUGCUUAAAUUUACAUAAGUAUUGGCUUGAGUAUCACGAUUCGCAAUGAAACCGUCAACCCGCGGCAGUAAAUGAAUUGUUUAAGCGACAUAAUUUGGAUUACAAGCAGGCGUAAUUGUAGUGUAGACAUUCUACAAAGGUGUUAUCGACAACGUCUGACCUCGUCCUUUUCAAAGUGCUCAAUCCCUUCUUAAGCCAGACGCAUCGAUGAUUUUAUUUUUAACAUCAUAGCUUUUUGUGGAAUACCAAUUGAAAACAAGGGAUAAACAACAUCCGCACUUUUGUACAUUUCGACUAUCUGCUGGUGUUUCGAUUGCUGGCUAUCGCGUCAAAAAGAAGCUCAUUAACUUUUCAAGGCAAUGUCGAAGUUUUUGCAGUCCAAUACAUCCUUUGAGGAAAAAUGGCCCCAAAUGCGACCGAUCGUGCUAAAACUGCUGAAGCAAGAAGCUGUCACACACUCCGAAUGGCAAGACCUUUUUCACCCAAUCAAUCUGGUGUGUCUUUGGGACGACAAGGGACCCAGUAAAAUUCACGACUGUCUGCAGGAGGAUAUCGUUAUGUUCAUUAAGCAGGCUCAGAGCCGUGUGCUAGCGCAACGUGAGGAGCAAGCUUUACUCAAGGCGUACAUUGUCGAAUGGCGGAAAUUUUUCGCCCAAAGCGGCUACUUACCGCUUCUAUUUCGGCACUUGGAAAAUGCAUUACAGGGGAAAAGUCAAGCAUCAAGCCACAACUCCAGCAGCAGCUCGUCAAAAAAAUCCAAUCAUUCCGAUGAUAGUAUCGUACGCAAAUUGAUGCUUGACUCCUGGAAUCAAAGUAUCUUCAUCAAUAUUAAACACAGACUGCAGGAUUCUGCCAUGAAGCUGGUGCAUGCUGAGCGAAACGGGGAAGCUUUCGAUUCGCAGCUAGUAAUCGGCGUACGGGAAAGCUACGUAAAUCUCUGUUCGAACACCGAGGAUAAGCUGGAAAUCUAUCGGGAAAAUUUUGAAGCUGCCUACCUGCAAGCAACUUCAGACUUUUAUCGACUCAAAGCCAGCGAACAUUUGCAAGCGGAUGGCGUAAAGAGUUUCAUGGAGUACGCCGAUAUGAAGCUACGUGAAGAGGAAGCCCGGGCGGAGCGAUAUCUUGAACCUGGAAGCAUUACAGCGCUGGCUCAGUGUUGUGUGACGGUGCUAAUAGAAGACCAUUUACCGACUUUACUAGCCGAAUGUGCUCCCUUGAUAGAAAGCCGUGAAACCGAACGGCUGCAGCUGAUGUUCCGCCUCUUGGAUCGCGUCGCCGGUGGUGUCGAUCCUAUGUUGAGAGAUCUGGAAAAUCACAUUGUUCAGGCCGGUUUAGCUGACAUGGUUGCUGCGGCCGAUGUCAUCACUCAAGACUCGGAAAAGUAUGUUGAACGUCUGUUGGAACUAUUUCGCCGAUUUAGUAAUCUUGUGAAAGAAGCGUUCAAUGAUGAUCCACGUUUUUUGACUGCUCGCGACAAAGCAUUCAAGACGGUAGUGAACGACAUUACCGUGUUUAAGCUCGAACUUCCUACAUCCGCUACAGCGAUGGCACGUGGCAUAAAGUCGGCUACACCCGAGUCCAAGUGUCCCGAGCUACUAGCGAACUAUUGCGACAUGCUGCUACGGCGGACUCCUUUCAGCAAGCGGUUAACGUCGGAUGAAAUUGAAUCUCGCCUUCGGGAUGUUUUACUGGUGCUCAAGUAUGUAAGCAAUAAGGAUGUCUUCAUGCGCUAUCAUAAGGCUCAUCUGACGAGACGAUUGAUUUUGGAUUCAAGUGCCGAUAGUGAAAAGGAGGAAGACAUGGUGGAGUGGCUCCGAGAAGUUGGAAUGCCGGCCGACUAUGUUAACAAAUUAGCUCGAAUGUUCCAGGAUAUUAAGGUUAGUGAAGAUCUGAAUACUCAAUUCCGAGCUCAAACCACCCGCCACGAUGCCAUCAAUAUAAAGAUCUUGAACGCAGGAGCUUGGGCUCGAGGUUCGGAACGAGUUUCGGUUAGCUUACCGCUCGAGCUAGAAGAUUAUAUUCCCGAAGUAGAGGAUUUCUAUAAGAAGAAACAUUCCGGCAGAAAGCUGCUGUGGUAUCACCACAUGAGCAACGGAACAAUUACCUUCGCUAAUAAUUCGGGCCGGUUCGAUCUAGACGUUACCACAUUCCAGAUGGCAGUACUGUUCGCAUGGAAUCAGCGUCCCAACGAGAAAGUGUCGUACGAAAACCUACGUCUCGCAACGGAACUGCCGGAUCCGGAAUUGCGACGGACUUUAUGGUCUCUAGUAGCGUUUCCCAAAUUAAAGCGGCAGCUGUUACUGUACGAUCCCAUCGUAGCGAAUCCGAAAGAUUUCGUGGAAAAUACAUUAUUUUGGAUCAAUCAGGAGUUUGCUCUCAUCAAGAAUGGCAAACCUCAGCGACGCGGUAAAGUCAAUCUGGUCGGUCGGUUACAGUUAAGUACGGAGCGGUCUCAACAGGAGGAUAAUCAAUCGAUUGUGCAGCUGCGAAUAUUGCGUACCCAGGAAGCCAUCAUCAAGAUCAUGAAGAUGCGAAAACGACUAAGCAAUGCGGCAUUGCAGGCUGAGUUAGUUGACAUUCUCAAAAAUAUGUUCCUACCGUCAAAGAAAAUGAUCAAGGAACAGCUGGAAUGGUUAAUAGAACAUAAAUACAUGCGACGGGACGACGACGAUAUUAAUACAUUCAUUUACAUGGCAUAACAUGGGAAUUACUUGUUGAGCCAUAGAAGCAUCUUUUUUGACGGGUGCAAUUCGACUGCGAAAUAUUAAAAGUUAUAUAUUUUAGCCUUUUUGGUUGCAUGUUGCUGCUCACAGUGAGCAAACACUACCAGCAUAAACUUUCUUGGCUGAAAUGGCGUAACUGAGAACUAAUGAAUUGAUUUUCACUCGGGGUUUGAUUGUUGAUAACUGUGAAAAAGCAGACCCAAAAUAAUUGGAAUUAUUAAGCUUGUGAUGGUAAAGUAAAAUAAACAUUGUUUUAAUGAAAACACA